AUGGGAUACGGCAUGCAUGGACCAGAUUGCAAUACACAUUGGCUGGAUUUGGUUAAUCUUCGCCCUCUCGAGCCGCCAGAAUCGCACGACUAUCCUCCCGGUCUCUACACAUGCACCCAGUUCUUUCAAUCGCUUGGCAAAGAUACCUUCACAAGCCCAUGCCCCGGGUUCCAUUGGGAAUAUUCACUGCGUAGACAGGCCCAACGGGUGCUUCCCUUUCUAUACCUUGGUCCUACUUCCAUGGCCCGGAAUAUUGAAUUCUUAAAGCGGGAGGGGAUCACUCUUGUUUAUGCGAUCCGCAGUAGACACAUUUCCCACGACGUUAUUGUCAACGCGGACAAGACCGCGAUGGCAGCAGGAAUAGAGUCCGACCGUAUCAAUGUGGAGGACUACAACGAGCUUAUCAAAAUGUUUCCUGACGCCAUUCGCCGCAUUAAUAACCAUAUUUGUUGCUGUCCAGAGCAUUCCAGCCCACCUGGCCCGGCAGAAAAGAAGGUCCUAGUCUUCUGUGAGACUGGCAACGAACGAUCAGCUACCUUGAUUGCUGCAUACCUAAUGGUGAUGUACAACCUUCGCUUGUAUGCGGCCUUGGGACAAGUUCAAGCACGGCGACUCUGCGUCAAUAUCGAUUAUCCUGUCCGAGAAGUGCUUUGGUCGUUCGAAAGCAUUUUGCAGGCACAGAGAGACGUUUCCAAAGUCUCGCGACUGCCACCCUCAAGUGGUAUAUAUGGUACGAAUGGGUUUAAACGUGGCCAUUCUUCGAUCCAUGAAAGCGAAGCAGUGCAAGAUCCUGGAAACGAUCAUGACAUGGAUAUGGUUGACGAUGAGCAUCCCGCAAAACGCCGGAACGUGGAAAAUACCCACAGCAAUGGGUUACUACCAAACUAGAGAACCACCAGUUUCCUAUUUAUCGGAGGGUGCUAGUCAAGGGCACAGUCCAGAUGAACAGUUCUUCAAGCAGCCGAGGAGGCAAAAUGGAUGACAGGAUAGGAGUAAUUCUAACGACGUUCGGAGUAUGACGAGCGCCUCUUGGGCGGAAUGCGCCUCUUUGCCUUCUCUUUCCUCUCGUUUCUUUGCCUUUCUAUGUUUGUAUUAUCCAGUAUGUAUUAGUUUUUACUUGUUUGAUGAACUGAGAUGCUCCUUUCUGUAUAUGUUCUCCUGGUCCUUUGGAUGGCUGUUUCCUUUUACAAAGGAGCUUUUUCUUCACAGGAAGGCCUUGCUGCAACCUCCACCCAGGCUGAAGUCUACCUUUGUCUUCACUCCACGGUCCAUCCACAGCUGGAAUCUUCCUCUGAAAUGGCUGCAGCGUGCGCAACUUGGUGACCGCAGCGACAACUCUCCAACACGUCAACAUUGGCGGGUCAGCGAUUAGUCGUUCAGUCACCUGUUCAGCUUGGCUAUUUCCAGUCUUAAAUGAGGUGAAGAGAGCAGAAAGCAGAAUCCUUCACUAUAUUUUUAUAAGCAACAGUCAUCAUCACUUAUCCUUACCGUUCAUCUCCAGCUUGGAACCAUUUAAGCUUCAUUCACUCUCUUUCAGCUUUGGGAGUAUUUCUUCCGCUCAUUUUUGAAAU